AUGGAUAUUAAUAGUAUUCGUUACUACAGCGAACAACUCAGGUUCAAUGCGUCCGCCGGCGGCGCCCGAGCGGCCGGACACGCCGGGCGGCGCGGGCGCGGGCGCGGGCGCGGCGGCGCGGGGGGCGAGCAGCACGACGCGGACAGCUCGUGGGAGGAGGACGAGGCGGGCGCGCCGGCGCUGGUGCUGUACGUGGUGGAGCCGCCCGCGUCGCACGCGCACCGCCCGCGCGCGCUCGCCGCGCUGCUGCGGCUGGCCGCGCAGGCGCAUCGGCAUCUGCACCAUCACAAUCCUCUGGUUAAGAUCAUAUCGCUGGAGGGCGUGUGCGAGACGUGGGGCGCGCUGGGCAGCAGCAACAGCGGCGGCGGCGGCUCGGAGGUGCGCGCGCUGGCCUUCAGCGUGUUCAGCGGCGCGCGCCGCCUGCUCACGCACUCGCCCGCCGGCAAGUCGCUCACGGGCUUCGGUACCGCCGCCGCCGCCAACCUCUUCCUUAGCAAUAAAGACGAGAAGAACCGAGCGCCGUACAAGCUGUUCUCGCCAGCGUGGGUGCUGGCGCCGCCGCGCGCGCUCAAGGAGGUGGCGGAGACGUGGGGCACGGCGUGCGGCGAGCAGAGCGCCGUGCUGUUCCUGGCCUACUGCCUGUCGCAUGACCAGCGCUGGCUGCUCGCCGCCGCCACCGACGCGCGCGGCGAGCUGCUCGACACCGCCGCCAUCAACAUACACGUGCCGGCCAGAUCAAGGCGGAAGAGAGGUGGUCCGGCGCGGCGGCUAGGCCUUACCAAACUUAUGGACUUCACUCUUGGUGUAAUGUCGCAGUCGGCGCAGCCGUGGCGUCUCGUUGUGGGUCGCGUGGGCAGGAUAGGCCAUGGAGAACUUAAAGGAUGGAGCUGGUUACUAUCACGGCCGAACCUCAACCGAGCAUCGAACAUGUUGCGCGAGAUGUGCAGCAGCUGCUCGCUGCUGUACCCCACGGGCGCGCCCUGCAUCCUGUCCGCCUGCCUCGUGUCCACCGAGCCCGACUCGUGCCUGCGCCUCAUGGCGGACCGCUUCACGCCCGACGAGAGGUUCUCGCAGGCCUCCAUACAGUCGCACCUGCACACCCCCAGGGACGUCACCGCCACGCAUAUACUCGUAUUUCCCACCUCUGCUACUACACAGUCAAACCAGAUGCCAUUCGAUCCACCAAACGCGAAUGGUGAAGAGAAUGACAUGCUACUCGGGCUAGGCGAUAUUGGUAUGGAAGAGGACAUCGGCGAGGAGAACAUGAACAUGGACCUGUUAAUGGGCGACAUGUUCAUGUGGCCGGCGGGGAGCCCCCGCGCGUCGCCGCGGCGGCACGACGACGAGGCGAGCCGCGAGGGAAGUCCGGCGCGACACGCGCAUUUGGCGGCUGCCGGAGCGUAUCCGAGAGACGAUGAUAAUCAACCGGAGCAAGUGGGCACCGUGCUGCAGCAGCCGCUGGCGCUGGGCUACCUGGUGUCGACGGCGCCUCUGGGCGCCAUGCCGGGCUGGUGGUGGGCGAGCUGCUGGCACCUGCGCGACGCCUGCCCCGCAUUCCUCAAGAACGCGCUGCACCUGCAGUGCGCGGUGGCGCCGCACGACGACUACACCUCCCUCACGCAGCGGCGCGACCACAACGCGCACCCGCUCGACUCCACCACCACCACUGAUGUGCUCAGAUACGUUUUAGAAGGCUACAACGCGCUGUCAUGGCUCGCGCUGGACGGCACGACGCACGACCGAAUCUCGUGCCUACCGCUGCACGUGCAGGUGCUCAUGCAGCUGUACCACACCGCUGCAGCCCUCGGU